AUGGGGCAGGAAGUAAAGCUUCAGCACAAUAUGUUGCGAGGGAUGGGGGUGGGGGUGGGGUGGGACGGGUUUAUUAGCGUUACCCCAGUCAUCGGCAUCGUCGGCGUCGGAAGCGGCGGGGCCGGUCAGCCGGUGCGGAUCCAUCAGGCGCAAACGGACAUCGAACUCCGGACGCGGAUGGGCGCGACAGCCCGGGUCCGCUACUUCAAGGGUUCCGGCGGCGGCGGCGGUGGGGAGGAGGGGGAGGUGUGGUGA